UUUCAGCUCUUCUCCCUCCCUUGAACUACAGCCCCACUUGCCUAGGGUCUGCGUCCGGACCAUACUUCAGACACUCACUGCUAGCACUCCAAAACCUUCCAUCCCUGAUGCUAGUGCCCUGAACCCAGCACACUCCUUUCCCAGGGAUGCUCGUUCCAGAAUCUCCUGGGGGGUUUUCAGAACGCCCAAGGUACUGGAUCAGAGUUGUCAGGAAUAUGCUUUGGCAUCUGGCACACAGUUCUGCAGCCUCACCUCCCUUCCCUGAAGCUGGUGUUUAGGAUCGGCUCUGUUACCGGUUUGCGAGGUGACUUUGAUUCUGCCCAUAUGGUUUCUACAGCCCAUCUGACGCUCCCCUCUCAUCCCCCAGGUUGAGGCCCCCAGCUCGGCCUCACCACGAUGUGGCACGAGGCUCGGAAGCAUGAGCGGAAGCUUCGAGGCAUGAUGGUUGACUAUAAGAAGAGAGCAGAGCGGCGGCGGGAGUACUAUGAAAAGAUUAAGAAGGACCCAGCGCAGUUCCUGCAGGUGCACGGCCGAGCGUGCAAGGUGCACCUGGAUUCUGCAGUCGCCCUGGCCGCCGAGAGCCCCGUUAACAUGAUGCCCUGGCAGGGGGACACCAACAACAUGAUUGACCGCUUCGAUGUCCGCGCCCACCUUGACCACAUCCCUGACUACACGCCCCCACUGCUCACCACCAUCUCCCCAGAACAGGAGUCAGACGAGCGGAAAUGUAACUACGAGCGCUACCGAGGCCUGGUGCAGAACGACUUUGCCGGCAUCUCAGAGGAGCAGUGUCUGUACCAGAUCUACAUUGACGAGCUGUACGGAGGCCUCCAGAGGCCCAGCGAGGAUGAGAAGAAGAAGCUGGCAGAGAAGAAGGCUUCCAUUGGCUACACCUACGAGGACAGCACCGUGGCCGAGGUAGAGAAGGUAGCGGAGAAGCCAGAGGAGGAGGAGUCAGCGGCCGAGGAGGAAAGCAACUCGGACGAAGAUGAGGUCAUCCCCGACAUCGACGUGGAGGUGGAUGUGGACGAACUGAACCAGGAACAGGUGGCAGAUCUCAACAAGCAGGCCACGACCUAUGGCAUGGCCGACGGCGACUUUGUCAGGAUGCUCCGGAAAGACAAAGAGGAGGCGGAGGCGAUCAAGCACGCCAAGGCCCUUGAGGAAGAGAAGGCCAUGUACUCGGGCCGUCGCUCCCGGCGCCAGCGGAGGGAGUUCCGGGAGAAGCGACUGAGGGGCCGGAAGAUCAGCCCACCCAGCUAUGCCCGCCGAGACAGCCCCACCUACGACCCCUAUAAGCGGUCACCCUCCGAAUCCAGCUCCGAGUCCCGCUCCCGCUCGCGCUCCCCGACCCCAGGCCGCGAGGAGAAGAUCACGUUCAUCACCAGUUUUGGGGGCAGCGACGAGGAGGCGGCAGCAGCUGCAGCGGCAGCAGCCGCAUCUGGGGCCACCACAGGGAAGGCCCCCGCACCCCCCCAGCCCGGCGGCCCCGCACCGGGACGUAAUGCCAGCGCCCGCCGCCGCUCCUCCUCCUCCUCCUCCUCUUCCUCUUCUGCCUCGAGGACCUCCAGCUCCCGCUCCAGCUCCCGCUCCAGCUCCCGCUCCCGCCGCGGCGGGGGCUACUACCGCUCUGGCCGCCACGCGCGCUCCCGCUCUCGGUCCUGGUCCCGCUCUCGGUCCCGCUCCCGGCGCUAUUCGCGGUCCCGUAGCCGCGGCCGGCGGCACUCGGGGGGGGGCUCCCGAGAUGGACACCGGUACUCCCGCUCGCCUGCCCGGCGCGGUGGUUACGGGCCCCGGCGCAGAAGCAGGAGCCGCUCCCGCUCCGGGGACCGGUACCGACGGGGCGGCCGGGGCCCCCGACACCACAGCAGCAGCCGCAGCCGCAGCAGCUGGUCCCUUAGCCCGUCCCGCAGCCGCAGCCCGUCCCGCAGCCACAGCCGCAGCCCGUCCCGCAGCCGCAGCCGCAGCCCCAGCCCCAGCCGCAGCCGCUCGCCGUCGCCCCCGAGAGAGAAGCCCACCAGGCCGCCGGCGUCCCCCGCUGUGGGCGAGAAGCUGAGAAAGACCGAACCUGCCGCUGGUAAAGAGACAGGAGCUGCCAAAGUCAUCAAGGCGGAUAAGAAGGCAGCCCAGGAGAAGAUGAUACAGCAGGAGCAUGAGCGCCAGGAGCGGGAAGACGAGCUUCGAGCCAUGGCCCGCAAGAUCCGCAUGAAGGAGCGGGAACGCAGAGAGAAGGAGCGAGAGGAAUGGGAGCGUCAGUACAGCCGGCAGAGCCGCUCGCCCUCCCCCCGUUACAGUCGAGAAUACAGCUCUUCCCGAAGGCGCUCAAGGUCCCGGUCUCGAAGUCCCCAUUACCGACAUUAGGCAGAAGCGGGGGCGGGGGCAGGGGGGGGGGGGUGGGGUGAGGGCUCAGGCGGUGAUGCUGCUGGUUUUGUCUCUAAUGAAAUAAAAUCACUCGUUAUUUAAUUCCC